AUGCGGUGUCAACUGCUCCUCUGCCUUCUUGUAGCUGCACUGUGUUCUGUCAGUGGUUAUCGCUCAUCCCAAAAUGUCUUGGAGAACAUCAAAAAGGUCUAUCCCAAUCGUAACUAUGUCCCGCUAAAUGCCGACGACUUUGAGAAGUACAUAGCAAUCGCUCCGGGAAAUGGAACCGGCUUCUACCAUAUUGCAAUGCGUAAGUUGUAAUUGGGGCCUAGAAAAUAUUGUUUUAUAAUAUUUGCUUUGUCUGAGCACUUGUAAUUCCAGUCAGAAGGAACGAGAGCUUCCAAGAAGUUGCCAAACAGACGAAAUAUCCUUAUGUAAGUCUACAGCAGGGCGUCGCGACUUUUGAGGGCAACAUGCAGCCGACAUUUACCGAUCACAAUUACGAUUUUUGUACUUUUUAGAUCGAAGCACAGCCGAACGCAUUGGUAUUCUUCCCCUCAAAAGAGUCUAAUGAAAAGUUUGGCGACAUUCUGUACGAGAUUGCCGACUCCAAAGAGCUGAAGACAUACAACACGGCAACGUAAGUGCAACACCCUACACGUCAAUCCAGCCCAUUUCCUGAACCGUUUCGAAACUUCGUAUCGUUUUCAUGACAUUUCUUGAACGAAUCACCAAAAAGGGGCGGGAAUUUUUUCUUCUAUUUUGGAUUGACGUGCCCUAGCAUUGAUGACAGGCUCCAUUUGUAGCGGCGAAGUUUGUGCGUACAAGCUGAACUGGGAGAACAUGACAUACCGGCCUCAUGUGUACGUAAUGGGGAAGUACAUGAGUAUCGGCCCUGAGGACGUGGUCAGACUUGACAAUCUUCACUGCGGCGAUCAAGAUGCGCCAAUCAUAAGGUUUGAUGACAUUCCACCCAACGAAAUCAGCAAAGAUAUUGGAGAUAUGAAGAAGGUUUGCUGGGUAAGCACUUUUGUAAUUUAAACAGAAAGUGAUCAAUUUUCGGACCUUACACGACUACCAAUUACAUUUUUCAGGACCUCGAAAAAGAUGACCAAUACUGUGUCGAUGAUCUGGAUGCCGACAAAACAAUUUUGGUCAAAAGAAGAAACCCAAUUUAUCACACAAAAGACGCCACUAUUUAUGCCUUCUGUUGCGAUGCGAAUCAAAAUUGCGACAAGCCAGAAUUAAAUCCCCGCUGCUCCUAUUUCAUCUACGAUCAUGCCUCCGGGUAAGACUUUAGAAUUCAACUCCAACAGUCGUGAAAUAAAAGCAAAAAUCGUCGUUUUACAGAGUCGACUACUACAUUGACGAUCAAAUGGCGUGGACUACGGACUCGGAAAAGAAACCCGUCUUCCUGAUUCCCGCCAUCGACAAGAACGACAAGUUCAAUCGUAGACGCAAGAAUUUUACCACGCUCGCCCCAUCUACCAGCUCUACGAAGCCUCAAACCCCAUUUACCAUCUCCCUGAAGACUAAACCUCCGUGCAACCCUUGCUCGCCAUUUGGAUUCUUCUUCGGCGGUUUCUUUGGUUAA